AUGUGUCGUGAUGCAGAGACCGCGAAGAAUCAGAUACAGGCUAUGGGUGCAUCGAGAAACGAGACAGCGGUGCACCGACUUCCCUCGCAUAGGGUUAUCUUUUCCGUGCUGGCAAACACUGCAGUCAUGGCCGUAAUAUGUUUGGAUCCCAAUCUGAGAACUCCAAAGUAUAUCAUAGUUUUUAACCUGGCCUUUACGGACCUGUUCAGUAACUCUGCUCUGGUGCCGAACGUCUUCCUGUUCAACCAUCAUCUCAUCCCCUACAACGACUGCCUGACCUUCCUCUUCUUCUGCUACACCUGUCUCUCCAUGCAGUCUCUCAACCUGGUGGCUCUCUCCUACGACAGACUCAUAGCGAUCGGUUACCCGCUGCAAUACCAUGUGAAGAUCACUCACAGGUCCAUGUUUUGUGUUAUCGCCUCUUUUUGGCUCUCUAUCGUCACUGUGGUACUGAUCGCAGCCGGCCUUCUCACCAGACUCUCCUUCUGUCAGUCCGUAGUGAUCAGGAGUUAUUUCUGUGACCACGGUCAGUUGUAUCGUCUGGCCUGCAACGACACCACACCCAGUUUUAUCAUGUCCUAUCUGUUACCAGCUCUCAUCCUCUGGUUCCCUCUGAUAUUCAUUGUGUGCACGUACCUGUACAUCAGCUAUGCUUUGAGCAAAGUGACCACGGUUCAGGGGCGGCUGAAGGCCUUAAAAACCUGCACAGCUCAUCUGUCACUAGUGGCCAUCUACUUCAUCCCGAUAUUAGUCACAUUUAUGUUGCAGAAGAAUAUUCAUCCCAACGAUAUACCCUAA